CUCCCCGCCCCCCUCCUCGCAGCAACAGCGGCAGAGCCGUGCGCGCCGGAGCCAGAGCCACCUCGUCGUCGGCGCCGCAGGCGAUGGGAGCCAAGCGGGAGGAGGAGCCGAGGGUGGUGACGCUCCGGCCGGUGGAGGCCACGCCGGAGUCCUUCGCGCCCUUCGGGCAGGUCAUCGCCGCCUCCCCCGACGGCGACCAGUUCGGCCCCCACGACGCCCAGCUCGACCUCAGCCGCGGCAUCCCUAGGUUCUACAUCAUGAGAUUGGAGAGUAGGCCGCUCAAGUUCUCGUCCAUCACCCACCACGCCAGCGUCACGCAGUGCCUGGGCUCCAUCGGCGGCCAGGACUGGUACCUCGGCGUGGCCAAGCCUUCCAUCCUUGACGGGGCGACGGAGCAGAGUGGUGGCGGGACUGCCGUGCAGUCGCGCGCUGGGCAUUUCUAUCUGCCUCCCGAUCCGUCCGAGGUCUGCGUCUUCCGGGUCUCUGGUCCCAAGUUUCUCAAGCUGCACGCCGGGACCUGGCACGCCGGGCCGCUGUUCAAGGCAGACGCCGUGGAUUUCUAUAACCUGGAGCUGAGCAACACCAAUGUUGUUGAUCACACCACGCACUACUUCAAGAAGCAGGACGGCGUAACCUUUGUGAUCGAGGACUGAGACGCUGCAUGUCACUGACCACGACCUAUGCACAAAAGCUCAGCGCACCGUGUGCCUCACGGACGCUGUUCGGGCCCUGUCCCUCUGUAUGAUGCACGUCCAGUAUGUAUAUGCAAUAAUGUACUGCAAGUCACGUGUACUUCGUACGCUGCUCCUUUUUGGCUCCUUGAGCGUUUA